AUGGCUCCUUUUCCCCCUCCACCAGUGAGCACAAUUGACUGGAGCAAUGUCGGCUUCAAAGUUCGCGAGGUCAAUGGACAUAUUGAAUCCACCUUCCGCUAUUCCUCGCCCAAGCCAGAAUGGAGCAAACCUCGUUUUGUGACCUCGCCUCACUUAUCGAUUCAUGGCAUGGCUCCCGGCUUGAACUACGGUGUCCAGUGCUACGAGGGCAUGAAAGCCUUCCGACAGCCAGAUGGGUCCAUCUCUAUCUUCCGUCCCGACCAGAAUGCUCUCCGCAUGCAACGCUCCGCCGAAUUCAUCUCUGUUCCCCCCGUGCCAGAGGACCUUUUCGUAGAAUGUGUGAAUCUGGCUGUGGCGCUGAAUGCUGAGUUUGUGCCCCCUCACGAGACUGGCGCGGCCAUGUAUAUCCGUCCGUUGUUGUUCGGUUCUAGCGCCCAGCUCGGCCUGAACCCUCCGGAUGAGUAUACCUUUGUGGUGUUUGUGAUGCCCACAGGCGUGUACCACGGCGUGCAUGCCGUCGACGCGCUGAUCCUCGAAGAUUUCGACCGUGCGGCCCCAGAGGGCACGGGCAGUGCAAAGGUGGGCGGCAACUACGCCCCUGUGUUGCGGCAUAGCGAGAAGGCACGUUCUCAAGGGUUCGGUAUCACUCUGCACUUGGAUAGCAAGACACGGAGCGAGAUCGACGAGUUCUCCACCUCGGGCUUCUUGGGCGUACGGAAGGACGGGGACAAGACGACGAUUGUGGUGCCUGACUCUAAAAAUGUCAUCAAGUCCGUGACAUCAGAAUCCGCCUGCCAAAUCGCCAAAGACCUGUUUGGCUACAACGUGGAGAGACGUCGGAUCGACUACAGCGAGCUCCCUCAAUUCACGGAAAUCAUGGCCGCUGGCACCGCUGCGAGUUUGGUGCCUAUCAAGAGCAUCACCAUGAAAUCCAAGGGUGAUAAAUUUGAAUAUCCGGUCAACGAGAACCUAGAUCCUGGUCCAGUUUGCGCACAGUUGUUGAGCACGUUAAAGGGCAUUCAAAUGGGCAAGGUCAAGGAUCAGUUUGGCUGGAACAUGAAAGUCACGGAGCCGCCCAAGGAGUUUCUCAAGGCAGCGACAAAUGGUGGCGUUCACGGCGGUGUGGAUGAAUUACCGUGA